AGUUGUGGUGGAACCGUUAUCUAAAAUGGAUGUUGAUGCUAAUGGUACGCUAUUAACGUUUAAUGAGAAAUGCAACGAUAGUCGAGACAUAAAAGAUGUUAAUUCCGUGAAAGUUGAAUACAGUCUAUCGACACGUAUUAUCUCAUGCGCUGUUAUCUCGUAGAUUUCAAGAAUUCGAAUGAAACAUCGAAGGGCGUAUAACCUACAAGUUUACUUGUUCUAUCCGUACAGGCAUUGUCGUUUAAUCAGUUACGAGAGAUUACAUUUGAUUGGCUAAAAUGUUGGAGGGACUAGUAGCUUGGGUGCUGAAUAAUUAUCUUGGGAAAUAUGUGGAAAAUUUGAAUACGGAUCAGCUGAGUAUCGCUUUGUUAUCAGGGGAAGUCGAGCUAGAGAAUUUACCGUUGAAACGAGAAGCACUACGUCACAUUGGAUUACCAGUAGAAAUCAAGGCUGGAUUUAUCGGUAAAAUUAGAUUGCAAGUGCCAGUCAGACAAAUAAGAACCGCGUCAUGGGUAAUAGGUAUGGAGCAGCUCUAUUUGGUAGCAGGUCCAAUUAAUCUGGACGAGUAUGACAAUGAGGCGGAGGAACAAGCAAUACUAGAGUACAAGCUUAACAGAUUGGAUGCCUUGGAGGCAAGAUGGAGAGCCGAUGUGGACCAUGAUCCUGGUUACUAUGCGACAAGUUACAGCUCAUGGAUAAACUAUGGCACAUCUCUAGUGACAAAUAUAAUUGAAAAUUUACAGUUGAAUAUCAAAGAUGUCCACAUUAGGUAUGAAGAUGGUGUUACACUACCCGGUGAUAAUGGUGUCGCAUUUGGUAUUACAAUCGGAGCGCUUACCGCUCAGAGUUGUGACGCCACUUGGAUACCCGGCUCUACAUCUUGGAACUUGACAGACGCCUCUUUCAAACUGAUGGAGCUCGACAGUCUUGCGAUUUACUGGAACCACGUAAAGAAGGGCAACCUCUUCAGUGGCCUGAAUCUUGGCGAUUUAGCUAUUGCUAUGAGCAAAUUGAGAAACGGUACGAAAAAUCACAUCCUGUCACCCGUGAACGCAAGAGCGCACAUUAAAAGAGACCGGACUGAACGUCCGUUGAGAUCGAUCAAUAAACCGCGUAUCGUGGUAGAUUUACUUCUGGACGAAGUACCGUUAUCCGUAACAGACGUUCAAUACGAGGAGAUGGUCAAAUGUAUCAAGGAGCUCGAACGGAUAGAUCGUCGUAAGCAGCAGUGGCGAUGUAGGCCCAGGCUAUCUGUGACGGAGAAUUGCACGGAAUGGUGGAGAUACGCCGCUCGGUGCCAUCUCGGCAGAGAGACCCUCAAGCCCAGACCGAACUGGAGGACUGUGCUUCACCGGGCCAGAGAGAAUGUUCUUUACGUCCAAGCGUAUGCCAAAUUGUUAGGUACACCCACGUCGACUUUACCGGCGGAAACUAAAAGACUGAAAGAGAAGGUCGAGUGCGAGCGGAGUUUCGACGAGCUGAGAGUACUGAGGGAGCUGGCUAUGUACAAAACAAGACCCGCCAAGUCGCAGCAGCAGACUGACGAGAAAGUGCCGCAGGGACGCGGCAUGCUCGAACAGUGGUUUCCGCAAUGGUGGGGCUGGUACUCGAAGACGCCUCACAGUAACCUCACGCAAAACGUCUCUUCGACCACUUUCGACGGCGAGCUUCUGGACGUGCUGGCGGACACCGUGGACGAUGACACGCUGUUGCGUCGCGACACGGUAUUCGGACAGUUUAAUUUCGCUCUGGUGCAAGGUGCGAUAUCGUUGUGCACCGAGCGAAACGGCAGCGACGGCACCAAGACCGUGAUAGAGCUGAAAUUCGAGAGAGUUAAUUUGAGUUACGAGUCACGACCCAGGUUCGGAUCGCACAAAUUCUCAAUCAGUCUGGGCGCGUUGUACCUUCGUGAUUUUCUUACGGAAAACUCCACGUUUCCCAUCCUGGUGCAGCCUCAGGUCGCGUCUAGCGCGACGCAAUCUAUACGCGCGCGCAGCUCAUCGGAGAAACAGCCAAAGAAACAGCCGCCGUUGCAUCUGUUCGAACUGAUGUACGAGAAGAAGCCGUUGCACGUCAAUACGGAUCACCUGCUGCAUGUUUACUCCAAGUCCCUGGAUGUCGUUUACAAUCCCACGGUGAUAUACUGGCUGAUUGAUUUUAUGUGCAAGCCGCUCCGAUCGUCGUCCAAUCAGCGACUGCAGGCGAUGAAGCGCCGCACGAGGAAGCAACUGAUGAAGAAUUGGGAGCAGAUAUUGGACGGUGACUUUGUGUAUCGUUCCUCGUGGGAUCUACAGUUCAAAAUUUCGGCGCCGCAGAUCUUGCUGGUGGAGAGCUUCGUCGAUAGCAACGCAGCUAUCGUCAUAGUCGAUCUCGGCAAGUUGCACCUGUCGAACGACGCGAACCUGCAUCGGGUGACGCUAAGAACUGAAUCGACCAACAGCGACGAGGAGGAGAAGGAAGAGGAGGAGGAAGAGGGGGGGCAGAAGAGGAAGAGAGACGAGGAGAAGAAGAGGAAAAGGAAGAAGACGGAGGAGGAGGAGAAGGAGGAGGAGGAGGAGGAGGAGGAGGAGGAGGAGAGAUUCGAAACGCCGUGCUCCACUCCGCCCGGCAGUCAGGAGAACGGUUCGCUGCACGACUUUCAAGGCCUGUCCGAGACGGAAUUGCACAAGAAAUUGUACGAUCAGUAUUCGAUUGACCUGGUGGACCUGCAAAUCCUGGUGGUUCGAGCCAAGGACAAUUGGAAAUACGUGCGCACCAGAGGUAUGUCCACGUUGCACCUUUUGGAACGCUUCAACAUAUCACUGCAAAUCGAGCGGCGAGUCUUCGUCACUUCGGAUCCGAACUUUCCGUCGGUCACGGUUUCCGGUAACUUGCCGAGGCUGGUGGUGCACGUAAACGAGUAUAAAGUUGGUGCGAUGCGUCUUAUAUACUGCUUACUGUCAAACUUCUCCAAUUCGGCCGGCAUUCCGGCUCCGCCUGCGGAAAGUGCCUGCGGCAACGUGGCACCCGAGAGCCCGCGCAAAGAGGAGAAUCUGGAUCGCUCGUUGAGCCACGCCGUGAUGGUUCAGUUCAUCAUCGAUCAAAUGACGUUCGAGUUGCAGUCGAGAGGUCGCAGCGUGGCGGAACUGCAGGUGUCGGGCGUGCGAGCGGCCCUCAGCAAGAGAAUGGCGGACUUGAGCAUCUCUCUCUCCGUCCACGGGUUGCUGCUGGUAGACGCGAUUCAAAUACUGGGCCCGGACUUCGAACUACUCAUGGCCAGUCACAAGCACGUUGGUAUGGACAGUAUUUCCGGCAGUCUGAGGGACUCGGAACCGACGUCACCGGUCUCGCCGGAAUCGCCGCCCGAGUCGCCGGGCGAUUCCGCGAAACCGGCGCGACUCACCUCUCCCGUCGCCCUGACCGACGCCCUCUCCAGUCUGGUGAACAGAGGCAAGGUUCCGUCGCGCAGGAGCAAUUCGUUGGUCAUGGUCGGCACCGAAAAGCUGGACUCGGAAGCGCUGAUUGUCGUGGAGCUCACCCUGGUGGACGAUCCUGCGGAGAAUCUGCGAAUGGCUAAUAUACAGUUCAACAAUCUCGACAUCAUAGCCAAUCAGGAGACGAUAGUGGAAUUGAUGGGCUUCUUUCAGAGGAUCCUGCCGAUUAGGUCGAGAUCGGCGCGUACCGUCGACAGAUACGACUCCCUGUCGAGUCAGAGCGCGCAGACGGGCGCAGACACGGCGUCGACGAGAACGGAGAUCACUUUCGACUUUCAUCGCCUGAACGUGCUGCUGCUGCGCGCGGUGAUGCAGGGCGACAGCCUGGUAGGGCAGAAGAUCGCCACGGCGACCAUGUCGGACGCGCGCAUACAGGCGACGCUAGCUGUCGACACCUCUAUUUCGGGGAGUCUGGGCGGCGUGCAGAUACUCGACCAGACGCUGACCGGCAAGACGCAUCAGCGGAUACUGAGCGUGGGCAGGGACCCACUUGCGGAUCCGCCGCAUUACCCGCUGGAGCACUUUGGCGCUCUGUCGGAUCAACCGGAGGCGUUCCGCUUCGCGGCCAGCCGCAGCACCACCGCGCGGCCGGCCGUCGGCGAGCCGACGGUGUUGUCGGCCGAGACGACGGUGAUCGGCCUGACUAUACGCGUCGCCAGUGUCUGGUACACGCACGCGCCGCACUUGAUAUCGGAGCUGCGCUCGUGCGCCGACGAGUUCAAGCAGUACCUGAGCAACUUUGCGCGGCAGAUCGGCGCGGCCGCCACCGACAUGGCGAUCGGCUUGGUGAACGCCGAGGAUUGGACGAUCCCGCCGCGUAAACGGCUACCGAGCGUCUCGUACGACCUGGAGGGCGCGAGCGCGACGUCGCUGCGGCUCGACGUGCUGCUGGAGAGCCCGGUACUGGUGAUACCGCGUUCCUCGCACAGCCGACAGGUGUUUGUAGCUCACCUGGGCACGAUGUCGCUGCAGCACGAGCCGCACCUUGGCGCCCCGUUAGCAGCGAGACGCAACAGGGUGACAUUGGAGGUGCGCGACAUGAAUCUCUAUUCGCUCGAGGUGUCCGCGAACGGCGCGGGCCAGCUUGCAAGUAGUUUGCCGAUGAGGGCCGAAGAGAUGUACUCGUGCAAGGAGUCGGGUAAGCCGAUACUGCACGACACGGUGCUAAAGAUACUGGUCGAGAGAGAGAACAAGUUGACGCAAAGCACGAGUUUUCUGUUAGACGGCGACUUCACCAACAACCCGAUCGUGCAGGUGCACGGUGCGGUGAUAACGCCGCUGAAGGUGUCGCUAUCGCGCGGCCAAUAUGAACAACUGCUCGACACGAUCAACCGAUUGUUCUCCAUACCGAUGAGCGCGGCAACGCACCCGCCGCCCCGUUCGGACGAUCUCGAUGGUGCGUCGAGAUUGUCAGGUUCCCGCUACUACUCUUCCUCCUCCGCCGCCGCCGCCGCCGCCGCCGCCGCUGACGACGAUGACGACAGACUGGACUUAUCCGUCAGAGUGUCGUUCGAGCUACCGAUCCUGAGCGUGGAGCUGAAGCUCGGGGCGCACUCGGAGCAGCCGCUCGUGGAGCUGUCAAUGCGCGACUUUGUUGUCAAGUAUGAGAAAUUGCAUCGAAACGAGUCGAGCGUGCAGUUAGCGCUGCGCUCCCUUCUUAUGGAGGACUUGCUGUGCCCGGUGGGAUCGCGGCAUCGCUUCAUGAUGCGAUCGUCGGCGCCGGCGCGCGCCAAGCUGCCUACCGGCGUGUCCAAGUCGUGUCCGGAUCUCGCUUACGCGCGUCACUUGAAGAACGGCGGCACGUACGGCCGCGGCAGUUUACCCGACCGACUGGAGACCGACACGCUCUACGGCACGAUCCCGGCGCACUGGCGACGAAAGCCGAUCUCGCCGUUGGCCGCCGGCACGCCGAACACACCGCCGCCCUCGCCGGGCGCGAUCGCCAGCGAGGAGAACCUCGUGCUGAUAAGCGUCACCAUGUGCCAGCCAGGGGCGGACACGGCGCGGCAGGAGGAAGAACGGUGCCAUCGCAAAAUGGUAACCGUGGACUUCAAUUGCCUGGAUCUAGUGAUAAGCGUGGAGUCGUGGAUGGUGGUGUUUGACUUCUUUGGGAUUGCAGGCCUGUCCGAGGCGACGGCGUACGGCAACGACGGCUCGACGGCCGCACGUCGCGCCUCGCCCGACAGCGAUCGCGCGAGCAAGGACGCGAAGGAGGCGGUGGCGGCAGCGGCGGCGGCGGCAGCAGCAGCAGCGGCGGCAGCGGCGGCAGCGGCAGCGGCAGCGGCGACGGCGACGGCGACGGCGACGACGACGACAACGACGACGAUGACGACGACGACGACGACGACGGCUGCGACGGUGGCGGCGGAGGAUCUGCUACUGCCGGUACGCUCAGAGACCGAGAUAGAGGUGAGGUCGUUGACGUUGGUGCUGACACAGCGGGAACGUGAGAUCGCCAAGGCGAACGUCUCCAAUGCCAGUAUGUACGUGCUCCGCUCCAACGGUGAGACCAAGGUGCUCGGCCAGUUGGGCUCGAUGUCGCUGUUGGAUCUGACGCCGCACGGUACUUUCUAUCGGGAGAGAUUCCUCACAUCCGGCAGGAAGGCGCUCAACUUCCAGUACUCGAGCUACGCUGACCAUGAGCACAGACCGCACGACGCGCGACUCAAGCUGGAGAUGUCCGCGGUGCAUUACGUGCACACGCAGCGUUUCGUCGCGGAGCUGCAGACCUUCUUCGGCCACUUCUCGCAGCUGUGGUGCAUCAUGCGAAACCUACGUGCCGGCGCCGGCGCCGUCCUCGACACGAACAAGCGCGGCACGCGACUCUCGCUGGAGCUGCACGCCGGCGCGCCCGUUAUCCUCCUGCCGGUCAGCUCCCGCUCGAACGAGUUGAUACUGCUCGAUCUCGGCGAGCUCACCGCGCACAAUCGAUUCGACACCACGUCCGCGCUGGCGGUAGACUGCAUGCUGGAGGUCAUGCUGCUCGAGCUGGUCAACAUGGACGUGUACGCGGCGCGGCGACUCAAGUGCGCGGAUUGUCUCAACGACGACGACGACGACGACGACACGACGAGGCUCGACGAGGGGGCCGUACGGGUGGGCGGUUUCCUCAUCAGGAAGAUGGGCUCAUCGCUGCUCACGGAGAAGUGUCAUCUGAAGCUACGCAUCGAGCGAAACCUCGACACCCACAUCAGCCGCGCGAUACCCGAUCUGAGCGUGCACGGUAUACUGUCGACGAUGGACUGCGCUCUCGAUCCCGCGCAGUACAUGCUGAUCCGCGGCCUCCUUUCGUACAAUAUCGGUGAGAACCUGGAUGACCUGCGUCUCCUCGCUCAGGAUCUAAAUCACACGGUCGACCCCGCGUACGUGAUCCGUGUCGGCGACAAUGUCGGCGCUUUGGACAUUUGGACCAGAUCCUGCAUCACUCUCGAGCUGGUGAAUGUGACGGUGAAGCUACACCCCAGCCACAAUAUCGCAGCGCUAGCGUGCAUCAACUUCAUCAAGUCGAGACUGACACUGGACUCGUUGAGCGACGGCUCGCAGGACAUUGACCUGGUGUCGCGGGAGAUACUGGUGACGGACACCCGUUUCCAAAACGAGCCGGCCGAUCGUCAGUGCAACGUGUUCACGCGUAUCCUGCAGCCACUGACGACCACCACCGGCGAAAGCACGGCGGCGAAAGCGGCGGAGGAUCGUGUUCAAGCCGAGGUGCAUCAUCGGAAGCGCAAGACUCACGCGGCAACCACCAUACUGCUACACAGCAUGCGACUGACCGCCAUCCUCGACUGGUGGGAGGCUGUGCGAGAUUUUCUGCUGUUGUACUCGCCGGAACCGGAUCCUGUGCCCGGUGCCGCGCAGCCGAUCGUCUGCCAGGAGGCCGAGGCUACUGACGGCGGCGGCGGCGGCGAUGGCGAUGCCUCGUCGACCGGCCACGUGCCGAUCGAACUCAAGAUCAACAUCACCGGCUCGGAACUGGUGAUCGUCGAGGACACCUCGGUGCUCGACACCAACGCCGUGAUACUGAAGACCACCGCCGUCUUGUCGUACCGCUCGACGCCGCAGCAGGGCGAGAAGCCGCUCUCGUGCAAUCUCUCGCAUUGCGAACUUUUCUCGUGCGUUCUGGGCAUGGAGAACGAGACCGCUUUGUCGAUCAUCGAUCCGGUCGGUGCGAGUCUGGAUCUCACGCGGGACAAGUGCCUGGAGGUCCAACUGCAGCCGUUGUGCGUGAGAUUGAGUUACCACGACGUGACCAUGUUCUCCAGGAUGCUCAGCUCCAUCCCCAAGCAAACUUCAUGGGCAAGGCGCAAGUCGAGCCAAGUCGACGGUGACGUGGACAGCCGGGUGUCGAAGCUGACCACUCUGGGCUUCACCGAGGUCGAUUGCAGGACCGCUCUCGAUUACUGUGACGGCCAGCUGGACGACGCUGCCCUGUGGCUGACGCAAAACGCCGAACCGAAUUCCGAAGUCGCCGCGAACAACGACGCGGUCUUCCGUGCUGUAGAGCUGCAGGCGUCCUGCGUACGGAUCUGCAUUAUAGACGACUGUCGAGACGCGGACGUGCCGCUGCUCGAGAUCACACUGAUGGACUUUAGCCUGCGCCAGGUGAACCAACAGCCCGGCAUGCUGUCGGCCACCUUCGGCGUGGAUUACUACAACCGGGUGCUGAGUGGCUGGGAGCCGUUCAUCGAGCCGUGGCGCGCGAGCAUUCAGUGGGAGCAGGUAACUGCCGGCACGCUCGACCUCAAGAUACUGUAUGUGACCAUCGAUUCCCAGGAUUCCGUCAAUGUUAACGUCACCCUGACCUUGGUCGAGCUCGUGCAACUGGUCAAGCACAACUGGACGCAGGAUUAUUAUCUGUCCAACGGACCGACCGUCUCAGUCAUUGGCAGAUUGCCGACGAGAGGUACUUGCGUGUAUCGACGCCGUUCGCCCUUUGUACCGUUCGCCCUGAAGAACGACACCGGCUGCAAGCUUUGGUUCAAAACGAUUAUCGCCACUGUGGGCGAUGCCACCCACACGAUGGAUAUUGGAAAGAGCUUUCAAGCGAGGAAUUCCGUUCAUAAGGACAGCACGUGGAUAGAAGUGGUUCCCGGUGACACGACGUCGUUCACGUUCGAAGGGAGAGGAAAGCUGAGGCAUCACGCGACACACACCGUCAGGAGACAUCAGAUCGUGGUGCAGGUCGACGGAUGGAAGCCGGUGGAGCCCGUAACCGUCGAUCGCGUCGGCAUAUACUUUCGGCACGCCGACAUUGCCGAAUCCGAGUUUAUCUCGUCGACGGCUAGACUCGUGUUCACCGUAGAGCUGGAAGGAUCCGCCAGGAAAUUGGUCACCGUUAGGUCGGCUCUUCAGGUGGCCAACAAGUUAUCUCAUGCGAUUGAGAUCAAGAUGGAGACAUCGCUGAAUCAAUUUGGAUAUUUAAUAUUGACAUCGGCCAACAUCGGGAAAAUGCAACUGCCGGCGCAGUCGGUCACGUCCUUGCCAUUGUCGCACAUCGGCGUGCAGAUGUGUUUUAAACCGUUCAUCCCAAACUGCCGGUUCCAAUACUGCACGGAAUCGGUAAACUGGACGGCGGUGAAGAAACCGAUGGAAGUGAUGGAAAAUCAUAUCACAUGUCGAACCAAUCAGAACAACGUAUUCAGAAUGUGCGUGGCGGUGAGACGAAACAACUAUCCUGUCGACGGUGCGCAAGUAUUGCCAGGACACACAAUCACGGUGAUGGCUCCCAUUACGAUAACGAAUCUCCUGCCGUACGAGUUGACGUACGAGGCGACUGCAGAAGGCGGUAGAGUCUCGCCGGGCUGCAGCGCGGAUCUGCACUCUUCCAAUUUAGAAGAGCAACUGGAGAUUAACAUUCAGCUGGACGGUUAUCCGGGAUCUGGAACGAUAAUAUUACCGUUAAACAGCUGCUCCUUCACCGCUCGUCUCAAACUGUUGGACUCCGCUAGCAGAAUACUCCAUUUGCAAGCAGCCGUGAUUGUCGAGAAGGGCUCGGCUGUGCAGAUUAACAUCACCGCGCCUUAUUGGAUCAUAAACAAGACCGGCCUACCAUUGGUAUUCAGGCAAGAAGGUGUGGGCAUCGAGGCAGCUGGGCAAUUUGAGGAGCACGAGAAAGCGAGAAUGAUCGCGCCGUUGUUAUUCUCGUUUAGCGACGAAGAGGCCAGUAGAACCGUGUCAGUGAGAGUCGGUACUGACGUGCAUCCCCAGGGAAUACCGCAGUGGUCUCAACACUUUUAUCUACAACCCGGUAUCCAUGUUCAUCGCCUAAGAGUCAGUCUGCGCGAUGGCAGACCCGAUAUAGUCUACUUGAUCAGCGUGGCCACUCGAGCGGCAAGAGGAAGGUACAGGGCCACCACGGUGGUCACGCUAUCGCCGAGAUACCAAUUUCACAACAAGUCAUCUUAUACCUUGCAGCUAGCCCAGAAAUGUUUCACGACGACCGUGUCACAUCCGGACGCUCAAGCGACGUACAUUACGAUUAUGCCCGACUGUCACAUGCCGUUUCACUGGCCACGUCUUGACAAAGACCUGUUGCUUUGCGUCAGGAUCACCGAUGUUCCGGACUGCAUGUGGUCGGGCGGUAUUAAAUUGGACAAUAAUUAUUCGUUGACCGUCAACGUCAGAGAUGUAACGGGAAAGAUGCAUUUUCUGCGAGUGGACGUGGUGUUGCAGGAAACUACGUAUUUCAUCGUGUUCACCGACGCCGAUACCAUGCCGCCGCCUAUAAGAGUGGACAAUUUCUCAGCCGUUCCUUUAAUCGUAAAUCAGAUUGGAGUUCCCGAUGGCCUGCAAUGGACUGUGAGACCCCAUUCGUCGGUACCGUACGCCCUGGAUGAACCUAUACAAGCUGCUGCUUUAGUGUUAACAGCACCGGGCGGUGCGACAGCUUCUUACGAUCUGAAUGUGCUGGGAGAGAGUAGAGGUCUGACUUACGAGAACUUUAUUUACAUCGCAUUCACAGGCACCUUCAAGACCGAUGCCGAUCUUGGGACAGGUGAAAACGAUCUGGAUCCGCUCGACGUGGAAACCCAAAGGUUGGUCUUGGAGGCCGGUCCGGGUGGUUGGGUCGCUCUGCGUAGAAAGCAGUACGGUGCUAGGUCGCAACUUUGGAGAAUGACUGGUGAUGGACAGCUGCAGCACGAAGGUUCCAGUCCGCCGAGAGACAAGCAUUACAAGGAUGUGAACACGAUAUACGUUUUGGAUAUAGCGGGUACCGCCCCGCAACCGUUCACAUAUUGCGCACUCGCGCUAAGGAAGCCGGAUCCUAGGCGAAGAUCGACACAAACCUGGCGAUUUACCGACGACGGCCGACUGUGUUGUGUGCACAAGAAUAUGUGCGUUCAGUCGAAAGACGGCUUUAUGGGACUAUACGAAGGGAGCGAAGCUGUUCUGGGCCCCGAGACGUCUGGUAAUCCACCGCCGGUCGAGCAACGGGUGGGUAGACAAAAGUUACGACCAGGUUCUGGAUUCUUGACAAUCAGAGUGACCACAGACGGGCCGACUCGAGUGCUGCAAGCUCUGGACAUCAAGGAAAGGAAUAAGAUGUUCGCCCUACUCGAGGAACGCGACUGGUCUCACAUCGCCGUGAGUCAUCGGCCCACGCAGAUCGACGCCGACAUCGAGAGGCUGGAUUCCCGUGAAUUAAACCUGAAAUUGGAUCUGCCGGCCGGUCUUGGAUUGUCCAUCGUGUCGCAGAGACCGGUGGAGGAGUUGUUGUUCGCGCGACUAGCCGAGAUCUCUCUGAGUCUUGUGCGAACUCCGGUGAACACCACGUUGGAUUUAAGCGUCGCCGACGUGCAAAUUGACAAUCAGCUGUUCGAGGCGCAGUGCACGUCGGUGUUGUUCGUGACACGGCCGUCUCGUACAGAGGACGAGAGACGGCCCGCCUUGCACAUCGCGGCCGAGAAGUUGCGAUCGAAGAAUCAGAAUGCCGAGAUAUACAAGCAUGUUAUAGUCAGCGUGAAGCCGCUGUGCGUACACUUGGAGGAGAAGUUUAUUCUGAAGCUGGCAGCGUUCCUCGGGAUCGGCAAGUUGGAAUUGGAAGAGCCGGUCGACGAGAACGACUUCAAGGCGCAAAGAUUUAUCUCUGAGGUCUCUGCCGCACACGCCAAGAGAUAUUACUUUGGAGCGCUAAAACUCAUUCCUAAUCAGGUGAAACUUAGUGUGCUCACUACGACCAAGCUGCCGCAACACUUGCAGGCUGUAAAGAGAAAAUUGGGCUUGACUUUGAUCAACUUUGAAAACGCCACCAUCGAGUUGCAGCCAUUCACCAAAAAGCAUCCUUUCGAGAGCAGUCAAUUCUUGAUGCAUUCUAUCGUGAAGCAUUAUAAAGACGAGUUGAAGUGGCAAGCUGCGGUUAUUCUGGGUUCCGUGGAUUUCCUGGGUAAUCCUCUUGGAUUCAUGAGCGACGUGACAGAAGGCGUUUCCGGACUCAUCUACGAAGGCAGCGUGAAAACUUUGGUGAAGAACGUCACCCACGGUAUUUCCAACUCAGCGGCGAAAGUAACGGAAUCUCUGUCGGACGGAUUGGGGAGAGUGAUCAUGGACGAGAGGCACGAAGAGGCCAGACAAAGGAUCCGGGCCAACACUACGGGCAGCAGUGAUCAUCUAGUGGCUGGUCUAAAGGGUUUCGGCUUUGGUCUACUGGGUGGUGUCACCAGUAUAUUUAAACAGACCUACGACGGAGCGGCCAGUGAGGGUUUCCCGGGUUUCUUCGCCGGUUUCGGGAAAGGUGUAGUAGGCACGAUAACGAAACCCGUUGUUGGCGUUCUAGACCUGGCGACAGAGACAGCUAGUGCUGUACGAGAAACGAGUAGGAGUGCUCAUCGCGCCAUACCGAGACGCGAUCGACCGCCGCGUGUCGUCAGUGGUUCCACCGGAUUGUUACCUCCGUACAAUCGUCAACAGGCUGAAGGCCAGGAAUUUCUCUACAGCAUCAACGAUCGCGACUACUCCGAGCUCUUCGUAGCGUACGAAUGUUUACGCAGCGGCACGGAAAAUCUUAGGGUGCUGGUGUCGAACGAGAGAGUACGCGUCAUCUCCGGUGGCACCAAGGCAGUGGUGACGGAGGUCGGCCUGGCGAAUCUCUUGUCCUGUAAACCGAUGCAGAAAAUGGAAAGUAACAGCGUCACGUUAUAUUACAUAGAGCUAAUAUCUCUACACGACAGAUCCGAUUUUACUGCUACGGUGAAUUCUGACGGACAUGAAUUAUUGAGACGGCCCAAGGUGCGAUGCGACAAUGAAGAGGUGGCGAAACGCGUAUCGCGACAGAUCAGUUAUGCCAAAGGGAUGUACGAGGAACGCAGUUUGACGCUGUCAUCGUCUGAUAAUAUGCUGGACGACGUACAAUAUUACAAGUAGUGGCGCAGUUCCGAUUGCGCGUCGAGAAUUUAGUCUCAUUUCUGACACGUUUAUUUGGCGUA